GGUUGACAUUUUGCACUCUGGACACGAAUUCUGAUAUCAUCUUCUAGUCCGUGUGCCUGUGUGAAAUCAAUCAGCGGCAUGAUUGAGCGCCAGGAAUUUGAGUCCUAGAGGCAUGCUUGCGAGCACCCGGCCAAAGAACGAUCAGUGAACAUUGGCGACAAUUCGAUUCCCCGCAGCUUAUUAAUACCACCGAAAGCGCAAACCAACGCCAAGCUGCACAGCACGUGAGAGACCUUUCGAAGAUUGCCGUCUUUUGCCUCGAUUUCAACCUCAGGCGCAAAAUCCAUCUCCCGGCUACUGCGACGCCAGCUCGUUCUCCUAAUCUUUCUCUCUUGGUCCCUAACACGGGCCUUUCUCUUACUGUAAUCAUACAACCAGGCUAAUUUCCACGCGAUGGAGGACGGAAAGAAUGCGAAUCCGCUGGUUCUCAACCCGUCAGAUCUUCCAACCCGGAAACGGCGCGCAUCAGCCCGGGAUGACCGUUCUUUCGGCCAGUCGACCUUUGCAUAUCCCGCACCAUCGUUUGCCGUCGACCCUUUUACGCGUUCGGCCAGUCCGGCGUCUCUUGAGCCAAGUGACAGCGACGCAGAAGAAGAGCCUAUUGAUGCGCAGGAGAUUUACGACUUGGUAGCCACCAUGUCUGAUCCCGAGCAUCCCAUUACUCUCGGCUCCUUGGCCGUCGUUUCUCUGCCCGACAUUUCCAUCAAGCCCACUAUUCCCAACCGUCCGAACUCGAAUCUCCAGACUGUCACCGUUCUGAUUACCCCUACGAUCCAACACUGCAGUUUAGCCACCGUAAUAGGGCUGGGGGUGCGGGUUCGGCUGGAAGAGUCUCUUCCUCCCAGAUUUAGGGUUGAUGUUAGGAUUAAAGAGGGUACACAUUCAACCGCGGAUGAGGUCAACAAACAAUUAGCAGACAAAGAGAGAGUGGCUGCGGCUUUGUGGAACCCUACAUUACAGAGUUUUAUCAAGAAAAUGCUGGAGACCUGCGAAUGAAGGGAUGUCUCGACAUACACAGGGUAUUUGGCGAGAAAUUCCGUUGGUUCACCGAGGUGGAUGAUACCUUACAAAAAUGCCCAUAAAGGUCCAUCCGGCAGAAGACAACCUCUAGAAGCAGGUGGCCGUCGGCAAGGGUGGCCUCGAGAUCGAUAUCGCACGUGGAGGCUCGAGGCGCCCGGGUUCGCCAGCCUUUCACGUGAUAACAUUCAGAGCGCACCCCUUGGCUUUCACCUUUGCGACAACAUGAUGCAAGGUCCAUUGCCCCCGAACGCGAAGAUGCGGGAUCAGGCCACGCGUUGGUCAUGAUCGUUACUCAGACAGGGGAGGUACCACUUUGGCCAACAAGCACCAGAAACCAGGAACCGGUCGAUGUAGAGGACGAAAGUGGUGGUCUGUUGCUGACGCCGCAUGGCCAAGUUGAGUAGAGCACUCGAUGGCGGUAUGCGGAUACCCUUCAUGGGAAUAAGUCUACUUGUGCACGGAAGGGCCAAGUGCACACUCAGCAUUGGCAGAUAUGUCAUGAAUACUUAUAGAUCAUGUGUCAGGACCCCAAGGCUGACACAGGCGAAUACGGCUCUGGGCAGACGUUGUGAUGCAGCAUGUCGAGGUUGGCGAGCAUCCGAAGAUGCCAAAGUUCAGUUUAAUGCGCUUGGCUAGGCUGCUGCCAAGAUGAAACAAUAUGACCAACCUCGUUUGGGCAAGGCCCGUACGAGGUAACAUUACGCAGUUUUCGUGGUACAGUACCAGUAAUUACAACCAGCAACAACGGACUGCGAGAUGUUGGCCUUCUUGCUUCAGGGGCUGUCCCUGAGGACGUCGAAAGAUUCCAGCUCUGUAUGCAUCUCUGCGACAGUGGUCGAACGACGGCAUGAAGAGUUGUGUUGGUGAAUGACAUGCUCACAAUCAGGAAUAUGGUGAAGACUAUUUACCAACGCUGCUC